AUGGGAUUCGUCUGCGGCCAAAGCCGAUUCAGAGUCCACGUCCAUCGGCUCGAGCGAGCUUGCUCGGUCACCGUGCACGAAGAAGUUAUCGCAGAAAAGAUGCGAGUGCGGAAGUACAGCCUUCCCAUAGGUGAGGAUGCCCGACGCCGAGAAGUCAGGACCACAAUGUAG